CUCCGCGUAUUUAAACUGGCCAAGUCUUGGCAAACGAUGAAUCUGCUUUUCGCCAUCAUCGGCAAGACUCUGGGUGCCCUUGGAAACCUAACACUUGUGUUAGCCAUUUGCAUCUUUGUGUUUGCUGUGGUUGGUAUGUCGUUAUUUGGCGAGAACUACCAGCACUUCGCAAAUAGGACACGAUUUCCAGACCGCGCAGGUCGAGUUCCGAGGUGGAAUUUUUGCGACUUUCCACACGCCUUCAUGAUUGUCUUUCGAGUUCUUUGUGGUGAAUGGAUCGAGUCAAUGUGGGACUGCCUUCAGGUUAAUGGCUGGAUUUGCAUCAUCUUCUUUCUACUGACUAUGGUGCUGGGAAAUCUCGUGGUAAGUUGA